GAGCUGCAUCCCAGGCAACAUGAAGGCACUCCUCAUUCUGGGGUUCCUCUUGCUUUCUGUCAGUGUUCAGGCCAAGGUCUAUGAACGCUGUGAGUUUUCCAAAAUUCUGAAAAGAAAUGGAAUGGAUGGCUACAGGGGAGUCAGCCUGGCAGACUGGGUAUGUUUGGCUCAGCAUGAGAGUAACUUUAACACUCGAGCUACAAACUACAACCCUGGAGGUCAAAGCACCGACUAUGGGAUAUUUCAGAUCAAUAGCCGAUACUGGUGCAAUGAUGGCAAAACCCCAAGAGCGGUGAACUACUGUGGGAUAUCCUGCAGCGUUUUGCUCCAGGAUGACAUCACUCAAGCCAUCAAAUGUGCAAAGAGGAUUGUGAGUCAACAAGGCGUUAAAGCUUGGGUGGCAUGGAGAAACCGCUGUCAUAACCGAGAUCUCACCCAGUACAUUCGGAACUGCGGAGUCUAACCACUGUGUGUUUCCACUUCAGCUCAUUCUGUCUCUUUCUCGCUCUAGAAGUAGUCAUGGGAAAGGUCACACUUCUUUGGUUUCCCCUCAAGCAAGCAUGUUUUAAACAGAAAAGGCAGCCGUAAAAUGGAGACUGUUUCUAAGAGGAUUAAUGCUGACUCAUGUGUUCACUGUUUGAAGCAAAGCCUCCAUUUUUCGAUUAGCCAAUGCAGUGGAUGCUGGUGACAGCGGUCUAACACUUCAGUUGCCACACACAUCUCUAUACCUCCGUUAUCUACCUGUGAAUUAAUUCAUAUUUAGUUUCAUCAGAAUUAAUCUUCAUCUCCUCCUUGUUUGAUGGAGCUAUAACAGAUAUUUAAGUGUCUAGUAGAUCUCGAGUAAAAUGACAGCUGUGUGAGUUCCAGCAACCAGACAGGUAGAACAGACACUAUGUGGGGCAAGGUGGGUUUUUAAGGAAACAGAACUCUUGAGUGAAUAGAAAUGAGAGUAAGUCAACUCAGAAACCUGUUGUCAUGAAAUGUGUGACCUAAAAAAAAGUAUUGCUUAGAAUUGUCUCAUUUACACUGCUUAAAAUAUAAAUUCUCAACUCACAUGUCUGUUUCAUCCCUUGAGAGAAUGUUCCCAUCCUCUUGCUGAUCAUGAGGUAUUCAGGACAGAUUAGUGUCUGUGCUAGCCCUUAACUUUCUUCAAGUAGCUUUAUGCAUAUUAACUAACUCUGAGACAGAUGAACUUGUAUCAGCAAAACUAAGAAAUUGUAAAAAAAAAACAAA